GUCCCGUCCAAGUUAGCGGGUUUUGGCGCCACACAUCGUUUCCUGGAUAUCGGUUGCAGAACUCCGCACAACCCACAAGCCAUAAACAUGUUACUUGGCACGCUUAUGGCCAGAGCCGAAAAAAGAAAGCAGAAAGACAUGCUAAUCGUUAAUCGUUAUCGUUAGUUACCCAAAAGGUGGGAACUCAAUUUGGAAACGAUGUCGUUGGCUUGUUGUUGGAGGCUCACUCUGACGUUCCCACCAACCACGCAACGUUUCUCUAGCAGAAGCCGAAGUGGGUUUCGUUGCAGAGCUUAUGCUGAACAAGACCAUGCAGCAGCCAAUGGAAGCUCAAACAAGAAGGAAACGAAGAAGGUUGUCGUUGUUGGCUCUGGCUGGGCUGGCCUUGGCGCUGCUGACCACCUCUGCAACCAGGGUUUUGAUGUCACUGUUCUUGAAAGUGGUAAUGACUUGGAUAGACUUGAAGAAGUUGGUAUCCGAGGUUAUUGGUAUCCCUACCAGAACAUUUUCAACCUUGUUGAUGAGCUGGGUAUCAAACCCUUCACUAACUGGACAAAAUUUGCACAAUAUUCAGCAGAGGGAUUGGAGGUUGAAUUUCCAGUAUUUCAAGACCUUCCUCAAUUGCCAACUCCACUGGGAACCUUAUUCUAUACACAGUUUGUUCAGCUUCCAUUGGUUGAUAGAUUAACUACGCUUCCCUUAACGGCGGCAGUGAUCGAUUUUGACAACACGGAUACAGCCUGGAGAAAAUAUGAUUCAAUUACCGCAAGGGAGCUUUUUAAGCAGUUUGGCUGCUCAGAAAGGCUUUAUCAGAAUGUCUUAUCGCCAUUACUUCAAGUGGGUCUCUUUGCUCCAGCAGAACAAUGUAGUGCUGCUGCAACUCUGGGCUUCCUGUCUUACAUCCUUGCUCACCAGAAAGAUUUUGAUCUUGUAUGGUGUCGUGGAACAAGUAGAGAAAGGAUUUUCAAGCCCUGGAUGGAGUCUUUGACGGCUAAAGGCUGCAAAUUCGAGAAGCGUAUAAGAGUAACAGACUUCUUAAUUAAUGAGGAAACAGGUUGUGUUUCAGCAGUAAUUUGCGGUAAAGAAAUUUAUAAUGCUGAUGCUGUUGUCUUAGCUAUUGGAAUCUCCACUCUUCAAAAACUUAUUGAAAAUAGUGCAGUGUUGUGUACAAGGGAGGAGUUUCUUAAGGUUUUGAACUUGGCUAGCAUUGAUGUACUCUCUGUUAAGCUCUGGCUCGAUAGGAAGGUUAACAUUCCAAAUGCAAGUAAUGCUUGCUCUGGAUUUGAUGAUUCAUUUGGGUUGACUUUCUUUGAUUUGAAUGCAAUCCAUGACGAAUAUAAAGAUAGUUCGGUAACAGUGUUACAAGCUGAUUUUUAUCGUGCCAAUGAGUUGUUGCCGCUGAAGGAUGAACAAAUUGUUUCCAAGGUGACAUCUUACCUGUCAAACUGCAUCAAGGACUUCAAGAAUGCUACUGUGACAGAUAAGGAGAUUGGCAGAUUUCCAAACUCCUUGACUCACUUCUUUCCUGGCUCAUAUAAGGACAUGAUGCGUGGCUCUACAUCUUUCCCGAACUUGUUCAUGGCCGGAGACUGGAUUAUAACCCGACACGGUUCAUGGUCACAGGAGAAAUCUUAUGUCACGGGACUUGAAGCUGCCAACCGCACAAUAGACUAUCUUGAAGAAGGAAGCUUUGCUAAAAUCAUACCUGUAGAGGAAGAUGAACCUCAUAUUCAAGCACUUCGCAGCCUUAACAGAAGCUUCAAUGAGAUCACAGCACAAUUUCCAUUGUCUAGUUACUUCCUCCAAUGAACUUGUCUGUUUGAUUUUCUCUUUUUGCUGCAUUUUUAUGCCCAUCUACCUAUUCUUACCAUUGAAUACAGAAAUCUUAUAAAACACAGUUAUGAACCUUAUCA